UGUGAAGCGGCGAAGGAGGUGGUUGCUACCCAGGGCUGCGAGAAGCCGUUCGGUCUGGGGCUGUCGGCCGCGGGGCGGAGGCGCUCGCGCGGGGGGUAACUCGGGUCUGGGUUCGGGAGCCGCGGAGCUCUCCCGGGAUUGACUUGGCCUCUACUUCUUGUUAAGAAAAUACAUCUCUUGUUUUAUCAGAUGGCCCACUGUGUGACCUUGGUUCAGCUGUCCAUAUCCUGUGACCACCUCAUUGACAAGGACAUCGGCUCCAAGUCUGACCCACUCUGUGUCCUUUUACAGGAUGUGGGAGGGGGAAGCUGGGCUGAGCUUGGCCGGACUGAGCAAGUACGGAACUGCUCCAGCCCUGAGUUCUCUAAGACUCUGCAACUUGAGUACCACUUUGAGACAGUCCAGAAGCUCCGAUUUGGCAUCUAUGACAUAGACAACAAGACACUGGAGCUGGGGGAUGAUGACUUCCUAGGAGGGGCUGAGUGUUCAUUAGGACAGAUUGUGUCCAGCCAGAUACUAACUCUACCCUUGAUGCUGAAGCCUGGAAAACCUGCUGGGCAGGGAACCAUGACGGUAUCAGCUCAGGAGCUGAAGGAUAGCCGUGUAGUGACCAUGGAGGUGGAGGCCAGAAAUCUAGAUAAGAAGGACUUCCUAGGGAAAUCAGAUCCAUUCUUGGAGUUCCUCUGCCAGGGUGAUGCGAAAUGGCACCUGACAUACAGAUCUGAGGUAAUCAAGAACAACCUGAACCCUACGUGGAAGCGCUUCUCUGUUCCCCUUCAGCAUUUCUGUAGGGGAGACCCUACCACACCCAUACAGGUGCGAUGCUCAGAUUAUGACAGUGAUGGUUCACAUGAUCUUAUUGGUACCUUCUACACCAGCUUGGCCCAGCUGCAAGCAGCCCCAGCUGAGUUUGAAUGCAUCCAUCCUGAGAAGCAGCAGAAAAAGAAAAGCUACAAGAACUCUGGAACUAUCUGUGUCAAGAUUUGCCAGGUAGAAACAGAAUAUUCAUUCCUGGAUUUUGUGAUGGGAGGCUGUCAGAUCAACUUCACUGUGGGCAUGGACUUCACAGGCUCCAAUGGAGACCCCUCCUCCCCAGACUCCCUGCACUACCUGAGCCCAACAGGUGUCAAUGAGUAUCUGACAGCACUGUGGAGUGUGGGCAGCGUGAUACAGGACUAUGACACGGACAAGCUCUUUCCAGCAUUUGGAUUUGGAGCCCAGGUGCCUCCUGACUGGCAGGUCUCCCAUGAAUUUGCCUUGAACUUCAACCCCAGUAACCCCUACUGUGCUGGCAUCCAGGGCAUCGUGGAUGCCUACCGCCAAGUCCUGCCCCAAGUUCGCCUUUAUGGCCCCACCAACUUUGCACCCAUCAUCAACCAUGUGGCCAGGUUUGCAGCCCAGUCUGCACAUCAGAGGACUGCCACGCAAUACUUUGUGCUGUUGCUGCUCACUGAUGGUGCUGUGACGGACGUGGAGGCCACAUGUGAGGCUGUGGUUCGUGCCUCCCAUCUGCCCAUAUCAGUGAUUAUCGUGGGUGUGGGUGGUGCUGACUUCGAGGCCAUGGAGCAGCUGGAUGCUGACGGUGGACCCCUACGUGCACACUCCGGGGAGGCAGCUGCCCGGGACAUAGUGCAGUUUGUGCCCUUCCGCCGCUUCCAGAACGCCCCACGGGAGGCAUUGGCGCAGACUGUGCUCGCAGAAGUACCCAUGCAACUGGUCUCCUACUUCAAGGCCCAAGGUUGGGCCCCAUUCAAGCCACUUCUACCCCCAGCCAAGGGCCCUGCACAGGCUCCUCAAGUCUAGAUUCCCCUGGAGGGUAGGCUGUGACCACUCCUUAGCCCAGCCCUGCACACAGUCCCCAGUGCUAGCACUUUAUAUUUUAUACUUUUAUAUGUGACCCUGCUAUUGCUGCUUUUGAUCCUAUCUGCUUGUCCCCAGAGCCUCCAUAUUCUAAUAAAGGUCAGUGAAGACCA